CAACACGAUUCUACAGACGGGUCACUUACAGAAUAUUCACAGGGACUUAUAGACGACAAUCAUGUUCAAAUUAACAUCCAUUUUAGUUUUGGUUGUAUUGGUCACUGACAGCAUUGGUCAGUAUAUCAUAUUUCCAACGUACCGACCCUCAUCAGAUCCAGUAAUCAUCUUGCCGACGUAUAUACCUCCUCCACAAGAGCCUAUCAUUCGAACUGCUCGCGACGCUCCUGCUCAAGAAUCACCACUUCGGCCCUCUAUGAUCGAUGAUGUAAGACUUGAUCCGGACAGAAGAUAUGCUCGAAGUGUUAGCCCGAGUUCCAGCGGAUCAGGUGACCGUCGAAUGAAAAGAGAUAUAUAUGAUCCAUUUAUACCACGACCAUCACCCUUCCCCUAUCCAAUACCGAGUGGACCAUUCAAUCCUAACCCUCCAACGCGGCCUUUCCCCAUUUAUGCAAAGUAUUAAGCAUUUAGAUACCAUGCAUAUCAAUACUUAUCUGUACUCGAACUAAGUACAUGUGAUAAAUUAUAUGAAAGUAUUGAGCUUGAAAAACAUACACAUUUUAGAACUAAGUACCUAUCUGUUUUUGACUUCGAACGAAUUAAUGUAAUAUGAAUGCACUUAUGAAACAAAUGUACCUAUCUACUCAUAGUAUUUAUUUUAAUAAAGCUAUUUAUGAGA